AUGUACUUGAUUGACUUGAUAACAUCAUCAUCAUCAUCAUCAUCAUCAUCAUCAUCAUCAUCAUCAUCAUCAUCAUCAUCAUCAUCAUCAUCAUCAUCAUCAUCAUCAUCAUCAUCAUCAUCAUCAUCAUCAUCAUCAUCAUCAUCAUCAUCAUCAUCAUCAUCAUCAUCAUCAUCAUCAUCAUCAUCAUCAUCAUCCUCAUCAUCAUCAUCAUCAUCAUCAUCAUCAUCAUCAUCAUCAUCAUCAUCAUCAUCAUCAUCAUCAUCAUCAUCAUCAUCAUCAUCAUCAUCAUCAUCAUCAUCAUCAUCAUCAUCAUCAUCAUCAUCAUCAUCAUCAUCAUCAUCAUCAUCAUCAUCAUCAUCAUCAUCAUCAUCAUCAUCAUCAUCAUCAUCAUCAUCAUCAUCAUCAUCAUCAUCAUCAUCAUCAUCAUCAUCAUCAUCAUCAUCAUCAUCAUCAUCAUCAUCAUCAUCAUCAUCAUCAUCAUCAUCAUCAUCAUCAUCAUCAUCAUCAUCAUCAUCAUCAUCAUCAUCAUCAUCAUCAUCAUCAUCAUCAUCAUCAUCAUCAUCAUCAUCAUCAUCAUCAUCAUCAUCAUCAUCAUCAUCAUCAUCAUCAUCAUCAUCAUCAUCAUCAUCAUCAUCAUCAUCAUCAUCAUCAUCAUCAUCAUCAUCAUCAUCAUCAUCAUCAUCAUCAUCAUCAUCAUCAUCAUCAUCAUCAUCAUCAUCAUCAUCAUCAUCAUCAUCAUCAUCAUCAUCAUCAUCAUCAUCUUCGUUAAUGAUGAAUGACUUAUUCUACUGUCUAUUGAUAAAUGUUAUUUUACAAUUAAUGACUUUAUCGAUUUAUCAUCAAUCAUUGUGUCACACUGAUUGUGAAAAUCAAGCAAAUUUGACUUGA